AUGUCGAGCGACAAGAUGGUGGACGAUUCAAACUGGCUUCAGCCCGUGCUUGGUUCGUACCAGGCAGAGGCAGUUGCCCAAUCCUUAGUCCGCGCUCAGGAAAUCAAUCUGAGGAGAGUUGAGGAAAAAGAAAAGAAGCCCUCGUCCUGGACUAUCCGUGCAGUUAUUCGACCUAAAGAGCCUCUACAUGCAAUUAUUGUCCAUCAUACCAUUACGUCAAUGUGCAAAGGAGAGAUUGCUUGUUGGACAUAUAUAUCCCAGGGAAUGGAACGAGUUGGACAGAAAGAGAUAGUAUUUACCGUCUUGCGGAACACAGAAAGCGAACGAAAGAAAGAUUUUCCUAACGAUCCACUCCGUUGGAUCGAAAUCGUCUACUCCAUGGCAAAAGGAGGGUGCCGUGUAGGAGAGUUUGAACAUACGGAUUUCCAGGUUUCUGACUUUCUCGGUCGAUCCGAUGUGAGCUGGAUCGUAUACUGCCCUGCCUGCCCUAUCCCGAAUGUUGACGACUUCUUACUCCCACGAGAUUAUCUUCAAGCCAUACCUCUUCUCGUGGCGGAAGCGGAGGUUGCUGAAAAAUACGGCCUGAUGAGAACGCUUGGUCAUCUGGGUGCCUCAGAGAGAUGGUUCCCUUGGCCGCCCUGGUUUGAUCGUUAUCGCAAACCAUGUAUUACUGCUGCGCAAAUGCAGGGUUCAAUAAAGGAGGAGAUGCAGUUUCAACACGUCAAAGGACUUAGUUGUGUCAAAAAGGGACCAAAUAUCAUACUCCGUGUGCCAAAGAUGUCAGAACCUUUACUCGUGGAAGCAUUGCUUAGGCAUAGUCCUGAUCAGGCAUUCCCACUGAACACCGUUCAUCACAUCAACUCAGAUUCUGGAUUGCUGUGGGAUAAUCGAGAUCCACAGCCACGAGGAUAUUCGGCAGGGAAUGCAAACGAAUGCAUGAACUUGAAUUACUUCGCUUUCUGCCCUGUUAUGCUAGCAGAUGAGACCUGGCAUAAGAUUCGCAACUGCAUUCAAAACAUGAGGCCAUGCCAUAUUUCCCUGGCUGAACUUCAGUUCUUGCUUCGACUAGAGAAACCGUCCGUCCCGGAAUUGACCAGUCUAUUUCAGUCGCUAUUGAAUGACUCGCACCGACUCACAGUUAAAACUCCAGGAGCAAUGGCAAAACAAAAGCUUAUAUAUAUAGAUGUAAUUUGGCUUAACACAAGGAAAGGAGACAAAAAGAAAACAUUUCCAACGGGCCAUCCAAGGCUGGGUAUGUAUUUUGUCAUAACUGCUGUACUUCGGGUGGAAGAAAAAAGACGUAUGAAAGUCAUUAAUGGCAAUGUCAUAUAG